AUGAAUGCAUUCGCUAUUCAAUUCGAAGAGGUUGACAGAGCUGUGGACAAUCUAGUCAAAAGUGGGAAAUUCUUCGCUGGUGGACCCCGUCCGGGACAACCAGCAAUGUAUAGUCCGCGUGGACGUAUGGGUUCAGGACGUCAAGGCCCAGGCGCGCAUUCGUCUCCUUCACGUUCCGGCUCUAAUCCGCAAAACUUUUAUGCCUCGCAACGCUACGGAGGUCGACCGAACGAUGCUGACCAGAUGCUACAAGCUAAACGGCGAAUGGCUGCUCAGAGGGAAAGAGAACUUCGUAAUUACCAUCAAGAGCAGCAAUACAACAGAAGCCUUCUCGCGGAGAUGGCAUCCAAUAAAUCCGACAGAUCGAUGAGUCCCAGCACUUUGAGCGAAGAAGGACGAAGAGAACUGAUUGCGCGACAACAUCGUGCUUUGUAUGGAUCUGAAGGGUCUGGCUUCGUCCCUCAAGGUGCUUACGGCCAAGAAGCAGGAGCAAUUGAGCAGAGCAACCAAUCUCAUGCAGCAGCGCAAGGCAUGCGAGGCCCUUCACCACGUGGCUUGGAUGCAUUCGGAAUACCUGGACAGCACGAGAGUACUCAACAUGGUCAACAACACGCAGCUGAUGCCAAGACAACUUCGCCUACUUCUCACCAACAAGGAAAAGCACCAACGCCACCUAGCGAAGAGUCUGCACAUCAACGAGCUAUCUCAAAAUCGAGUACUGCGCCUAUUCAAGGCAACAUGGGGCCUAUCGGCAGCAGCAGGCCUAACAUGCAGCAAGCCCCUGCACAGAAUCUGAACAAGAGAACGACUUCACCUUUACCUUCGGGUUUGAGCUACGGCAACUUUGGAGUCCACGAAGCCACACAUGAAAGGUCAACGUCGCAGGCGAAUCCUGGUCAGAAAGAAUCCACAACUCCUGCAAUGGGUGCUUGGGGGACAGGAAGUGGCGUUUGGGGCAACAAAAUUGGCGCCUCAGUCUGGAACUAA